AAGUCCACAAACACACCUUUCAUACGACUUGCGAGUAUAUAAACCCCAAAGUCCUCCUCUAUUAAUUCUCCACUAUCUUCCAUAACAACAAUGGCGAAAAUUCCAGAAAAAAACUCACCACAAAAAAUGGCGGCCGGCGGAGCAAACAAGCCUCUGAUAUGGGAUUGUGGAAGCUCACUCUACGAUUCAUUCGAGUUGAAAUCGUUCGAACGCCAACUCGACUCAGCCAUAUCUUCUAGAAGCCUCUCGAUGCCUCAUUUACCCGAUCGCCGUGUUCUUAUUCCACCUUCAACAGAUCGACAACAGCAACAAACUCAACCGAUUUCCAAAAAAACUUCCAGAAUCUCUAGAUCUUUCCAGAAACUUCUCAAAUCCGUUUUCAGAGCAAAACAGAACAACAGUCCACUUUUUCAGGGGCAAAAUCGAGAUGGAUUUUACGUCGUUUAUGAUAAAUCUGGUGCACUUACGACGAUUCCGGAAGGGCCGGAGUACGACGGACUUUCGCCGGAGAUUAAGUCGUUGGUUAGAAGAACGGGUUCCGAACGAUUUACGGCGACUACUCUUGGUAUUUCAUGUGCUUGAUAUAUAUCUCAAUAUUAAUUGUAGUAAGUAAUUAGAAUCUAAUGACUAAUAUGUAUAGUGUUUGGUCAAGCAGUACAGUAAUUUCUUUCUGCUUUUGGAAUAUUGUUGUUGCUAGUUUUUGAACUCAAAAAUUUGAAGUUUUCAUGCCCUACAAUGUACAAUUAUGUGACAUCAUUCCAAAACUUUUGGUUCA